AUGGUCCAUAUCCUCAAGCCACAACAACCCCUCGCACUCUCCGGAAACAAACGAAACGACCGCGAGGACGACGACGGAGACGCCAUGGUUACUAAGAAAUCAUCACUGGGGGCGUCUGAAGCAGACCCUGCGGCGGCGCUAGCCAGCAUCCGACACGAGUUCGGGGAGCACGGAGGAGUGAACAUGUCCAUCGAGGCCUCCGCCACCUUUACGGUCAUGGAACCGGAAACCAUGGGGCGGAUGUUCGCCGGAGAACUAGGACCGGACAACGACUUCUUCGUAUACAGUCGUCACUUCAACCCCACCGUGCUCAACCUCAGCCGCCAGAUGGCUGCUCUAGAAGGCACCCAAGCCGCGUACUGUACAUCAAGCGGUAUGUCGGCGAUCUCGUCGGUGCUGCUUCAACUUUGCAGCAGUGGGGGACACGUGGUGGCGUCCAAGACGCUUUACGGAGGAACACACGCUUUGCUCACUCAUUUCUUGCCACGGACCUGCAACAUAACCACGUCGUUCGUCGACAUAACAGACCAUGGCGCGGUGGCAGACGCGAUGGUUGAGGGUAAGACACAAGUCCUCUACUUUGAGUCGAUGGCCAACCCGACGCUGACCGUGGCGGACAUACCUGAGCUGAGCCUUAUGGCACACGGCAAGGGCGUGACGGUGGUGGUGGACAACACGUUCGCCCCCAUGGUGCUGUCUCCGGCCAAGCUUGGAGCUGACGUGGUGGUUCACAGUAUCUCCAAGUUCAUCAGUGGUGGGGCCGACAUCAUCGCAGGGGCCGUGUGUGGGAGCGAGAAGCUUGUGAAAGGGAUGAUGGAUCUUCGUGGCGGUUCUCUGAUGCUGUUGGGUCCUACCAUGAACGCCAAGGUGGCCUUCGAGCUCUCCGAGCGAAUCCCUCACUUGGCCCUCCGCAUGAAGGAGCAUAGCCGCAGGGCUCAGGUGUAUGCGGAGAAAAUGAGGGAGCUUGGGCUGAAAGUGAUAUACCCGGGCCUCGAGGACCACCCGCAGCACAAGCUGGCUAGAGGAAUGGUGAACAAAGGGUACGGAUACGGAGGGUUGUUGUCAAUAGACAUGGAGACGGAGGAGAAAGCCAACAAACUCAUGACCUAUCUCCAAAACGCCACCCAGUUUGGCCUCAUGGCCGUGAGUUUGGGUUACUACGAGACCCUCAUGUCCUGCUCCGGAAGCAGCACCAGCAGCGAGCUAGACCCCUCCCAGAAGGCAGCGGCAGGUAUCUCUCCUGGCCUUAUACGAAUGUCGGUGGGCUAUGUUGGUACAUUGGAGCAGAAGUGGUCACAAUUCGAGAAGGCAUUCCUCAGAAUGUAA